CUGGGUUCUUUGCACCCUGGGGCCGCAGCCGCUUCUCCCUCCGCCUGCCCGGGGCGCGCUCGGAGCCGCGGCGCCCUCUUGCCCUUAAAGCGGCGAUGCAUCCUGGGUAGCGCAUCGCUCCUCUGGCAAGCCGAGGCCCGUUUAAGCGGCGGGCGCUCCCGCGGCGCAGCGCACGGCCAUGCUGCGGGCCCGCUGGCUGCUGCCCGGCGCCUCGCUGGCCCUGGGCGCGGGGCUGGGGGCGGCGCUGACCUCCCGCCGCCGGGCCCGCGGCGAUGCGGAGGCCGAGGGGCUGCUGGGCCGCCUGCCCGUGGUGCCCGCCGUGGCGGCGGCCGGUCCGCCGGCGCUGCCGGGCUCGGGGCGGACGGAGCUGACCAAGUACGGGCUGCCCGGGCUAGCGCAGCUGCGGAGCCGCGAGUCCUACGUGCUGUGUUACGACCCGCGGAGCCGCAGCGCGCUCUGGGUGAUCGAACAGCUCAACCGGGAGACGCUGAGCGGGACCUCCGAGCGCGCCGCCUGCGACUUCCAGGAGGACGACUCGGUGCACGAGUAUCACCGCGCUACCAACGCCGAUUACCGCGGCAGCGGCUUCGACCGGGGGCACUUGGCCGCUGCCGCCAACCACAAGUGGAGCCAGGCGGCCAUGCGGGACACGUUCUACCUCAGCAACAUCGCCCCGCAGAACCCUCAUUUAAACCAGAAUGCCUGGAAUAACCUUGAGAAGUACAGCAGAAGCUUGGCGAGGAGCAACAAGAACGUCUAUGUCUGCACGGGACCCCUUUUCCUGCCCAGGAUGGAGCCCGAUGGGAAGAUGUACGUCAAGUAUCAGGUGAUUGGGAAGAACAACGUGGCCGUCCCCACCCAUUUCUUCAAGGUGCUCAUCCUGGAAAAGGAGAGCGGGGAGAUCGAGUUGCGCUCGUAUGUGAUGCCCAACAGCCCUGUGGAUGAGAAAAUCCCCCUGGAACGGUUCCUGGUUCCCAUCGAGAGCAUUGAGCGUGCCUCGGGACUCCUCUUUGUCCCAAACAUCUUGAAGAGAACAAGUAACUUGAAAGCCAUCACAGCUGGAAACAAGCGUUGAACCGUAACUAAACAAAUCCAGGUAUCCCCUGGGAAGGGACUCACAGCAGUUGUCCACAGAAUAAUAGUUUUCUUGUGCAAUUUUAAAUGUGGGAAAUAAUCAAGCCAAUGCUUCUCUUUACCCUUCCCCUUGUUCUGUGUGACGGUGACACACACAGCAGGUCGCAAGGGCAGGUCCUGCAGAAGGCUCCUGGGCACUUGGCACCAUCGUAGAUCUUUAGAAUUUUCCCCUCAUCUGCAG